UUAUCUCAUGCACUGCAUUUCCCGGCAUAGCGUUGGCCAAUUAUUUCCAACGGAGGUUGGGAUACUGAGUCCUUAACAAAGUCACCGCGACUUUUAUAACCUUGACCAGGAACAUAUGACUGUCAAAAAAAUACCUCUCCCAUGAGCCAUUGCGGUGACAAGUUGCGUAUCCAUGACAGCGUGGUUGUUGUUAUUGUUGUGGCGCUAAUCCUCAAUGGAGCUUCAUGGUUGUAAACAUUUCAAAUUAUUUCUUUAGUUUUCUGUUUAGCAGUGAAUUAAAAAUAAGGACAACUUAUUAAUACAAAGGCAUCUGCUUGUCAUGUCAAUGUACGUAAAUCGGUGCACGUAACAGCUGUUUACUUUAGCAAGUUUAACUUGUCGGAUAGGCCUCGGUCUGGCUCAGAAUACAUCUAGCUAGUUAGCUUCUCUAGCUAACUAGCUAUCCGAAAGUUACAGUGAACGAUGCUUAGCCCCUGGCACAAGAGUCAUCUGGCCCGGGGAUCUGAAGCAAGUCCGACGAGGGAAUGCUCGAAAAUAGUGAUGAAUCGAUGAAAACAGACAGCAAUUGCAAGGAUGAUUUCGCGAUACACAAGGCGACCGGUGUCGCACAGUCUUGAGAUUCGCGGGAUCUCGCGCACCAGUCUGGACCAUCACCCCCUUCCUGAGGAGGCUGACGAUGAGUAUCUACCUCAGCAUCUCCUGCACGACCUACAGGAGGUGCUCUCCACCUGCAACAGCUCAGAGUCGUCCGAGGCUUCUGGGAGGUCGGGCUGCCCCACCGUCACCAGCGGCGACACGGGAAGGUCGUGGUUCGGGAUUAACAGCUACACCGGAACUGGGGUCUCCACAGAGAGGAGCUCUGUGUUCUCCUGGGGUUAUGACGAGUUCGACAAGGCGGCCUCUCGGCAGGUGCAGCAGAUGUUUGAGGAGAUCGAGGAGGAGCUGUAUGAGGGGCGAGGAGGGGGUCCGCUUCGGGGGCUGCAGGAGGAGUGUCAGCAGUGGGCCUCCAGGUUCCCACAUCUGCGGAUUCUGGGGUCUCAGCUGGUCUGUCCCACUGAUGAGGGCUUCCAGUGGUUCGCCACCACAGGCAAAGAGACGGCCACCAGCACAGCAGUCAAGGAGAGCAAAGACAGGGCCAGCACGGAGUUGAGUGUUCAGGGCCGGAGGGCCGUGAUAUCCACCCCUUGCUUGGAGGGCUAUCAGCAGCCUGGCUCCCCCACUGGCUCCGGGUUCGAGGACACGCCCAGAGUGAUAGAAGCUGAAGGACUGAUGGAGGAGUACUUGGCCUUCGACUGUCGAGACCUGGAUGAGGAGUGGGUGGGCUCCCAGGUUUGGCAGCGUCGGCGUUGUCUGCCUCCAGUCUCUCCUUACCGCUGCCGGCAGCAGGCCGUUCUGGACCUGCUGUUUGAUGACGUGUGGCGCGAGCUGAUUGGCUGGAUGGAGGAGCUGGUGCGACGUCACUGGGAGGGCUGCGUCUCGGACGAGGAGAAGAACGCGGCCGCCCUGAGUCCCGCCCACCCCCACCCGCACAACCCCUUCCUGCUGCUGUCCACCCUGCCGGCUGUCCUGCCCCGUCUGGGCCACACGAGGGCGCCACAGCUAACCUCCAGCCUGCAGCCGCAGUCCAGUCGGGUCCCAGUGGGAGGGGCUGCAAUGCAUCACAACCUCAAUGACCUCAUUGUGAUCCACGGCAUCCCCCUUCAACAGAGGAACCUGGGAGUGCUUGACAAAACACAGGACGCUGAGGACCGGGGAUCCCAUCGGCCGGGGUCCAGCAUGGCCCCCUCCAGCAGGCCCCGCCCCCGCCGCGCCCUGGAGCUCAGCUCCUCCUCCCUGUCCCGCCCCCCGCAGUCGGCCCGCCGCAGGAACCCGCCCCCCCGCACCCUCCUCCCGCUGGUGCCCAGCCCCGCCCAGUCCAGCACGGCCGGGUCCAUGGACGAGGUCAUUCGCGGGACUCGUCUGCCGACUGCGAGUGACCGGCUGGCGUCUCCCCUCGUGCCCCUCAGCCGAAACACCCUGCUGCCCCCCAUCGGUGCGGGGGACAUGGAGCCCCCCCACACAGGACUGCACCCGCGCCCUGCACAGAGGCAGAGGGGACCCUCCAGUCGGGCUCACAGUGCGGUGACGGACGAGGCGGCCAGCCUGCUUCCCCGGGACAGACUACACCUGCUGGACGUCUUCUCCCGACCCAACACCACCCACACCUUCAGAUCUGACACGCCGUACCGGCGCUCGUUCACCGUGCUGGACUCCAUGGCGCAGGGACGUCCAGGGCGAGCCUCGGUGGGCACAGAAGCUCUGGGCAUCGGGGUGACGGGCAUCAGCCUGGGCAUCUGCAGCUCGUCCUUCCUGGACUCGUUCACUCACCACACGCUCGGCCACUCGCCCAUCGAGGACGAGGAGGAGCCAGACGCGCAGGCCCCGCCCCCAGCCCUCCUGGUGCCUCUGUCUGUUCCCUCCCGGUCCCACAGCCGGGGAGGACUCACCUCCCGAAGCAGCCGACCGGGGCUAUAGCGCCCCCCGCCCGCACCCCGCCACACUGCAGCGCGCCCGAGCCAAGCCAUGAGUGUGGGGUCCCCACACACCACACACCUCGUCCUGCAGCUCUUUUGUACUCCCACCGUUUGGCCAGCCCUUCAUUUUGUUUUGUUUUGUUUUUUUUCCCAGAGACCUAUUUUUGUAUGUCGAGUUUCAUCUUGAGUGGCUGCCAAAGACAGUGUGCUGUCUGAUACUUCCAUAUACGCCCCGCCUCUCCCCAUUAGCCUGGGACCGCCUCUCCCUUUUACCCUGAGACCACCCCCUUACCCUGGGACCGCCUCUCCCCAUUACCCUGGGACCGCCUCUCCCUGUUACCCUGAGACCACCCCCUUACCCUGGGACCACCCCCUCCCUGUUACCCUGGGACCACCCCCUUACCCUGGGACCACCCCCUCCCUGUUACCCUGGGACCACCCCCUUACCCUGGGACCGCCCCCCUCCCUGUUACCCUGGGACCACCCCCUUACCCUGGGACCGCCCCCCUCCCUGUUAC